UGAUACAAAAGGUCUCCCCACGCCAUUGCAAAGGUCUGGUUGGCUGAUCAUUUCUGGAUGAUGCAGGUUGGGGAAGUUGGGAAGGAAGCAAAAGACAGUGGCUGCUCGUACUUCAACCAACUACUAUGCCAUCAGAUAGUGAUGUUUCUCUUUCUACUUAUGAGACUUCAGGAUCGAAGCUUGCCCCAAAAGUGAAGGAGGCAUCAUUUGUCCCAAUUGGAAUAGCAGGUUUUGCAGCUAUUGUUGCAUCUGGAUUACACAGACUGAAGUGCAGAGGGAUUACUAAAAUGGCUGUGCACCUGAUUCUCAUGCGUGUGGGAGCUCAAGGCUUUGUCGUAGGAGCAAUGACUGUUGCCAUGUUGUAUUCUAUGUUUCGGCAAUACUGGGCCAAACCCAAACCUUGGGAAGAAAGAUGCUGUCUUCGUGCUGCUGAUGUCUGAUAGAGCUGGAGACCUCACACUGGGGUUAUCUGGGUUUAAAAAUCGUGUAGGGGCGUGCGGUUCUAGAAAGCAGCACAUGUCAGGCACAAUCAUGAGGUUUGCAAGAUGGGAUUUGUUUUC